GUAACUCUGUCUCCGAUGUUUCCGGAUACACUGAUGUUGGGUAUGGAGAUCAGGGUGAAGGUAUCAGACUAUGUGAUGGACCGUAUCGCUGCCCUGAGAUCGCAACACGAGGGGCAGUACCAGAAUAUUGCUUGUGUUCGCACAAACGCAAUGAAGUACCUGCCCAAUUAUUUUCACAAAGGACAGUUGAAGAAAAUGUUUUUCCUCUAUCCUGACCCACAUUUCAAAAAGGCGAAACACAAGUGGAGGAUUAUCAACACGACCUUGCUCGCUGAGUACGCCUAUGUUUUGGCCGAAGGUGGCAGAGUGUACACAGUGACUGACGUUCAAGACCUGCACGAGUGGAUGGUAAAGCAUCUCAGCGAACACCCACUCUUCCGUCAACUCUCGCAGGAUCAGCUGGAUGAAGAUCCAGUUGUAGCCAAGAUCCUGGACAGCACAGAAGAAGGACAAAAAAGUGACUCGAAACCAUGGAGAUAAAUUUUUGGCAGUAUUUGAGAGGAUAGCUGAUUCAUAUGUCAAGAAUUAUGCCAUAGAAGAGUGCGAGAUGAUAACAGAAAACAGCUGACAUUAUAUUGGUGCCAAAGAGUUAUGAGGGUUGUUUUUAUUAUUAUUAUUAUUUGAUUUGACAUAGUUCUGUUAACUUAUACAAUAAGUUUUUACUCGUUUUUACAACCAGGAAUCUAAUUUGUUUUACUGUGC